GUUCAUCCGCGCGGCGCGAGUGCAUCCUUCCACGGGGUGUUUAUUUUGAAAACCGCGCUCUUUUUGAAACGUCAAACGCGGUUUUCUUCUGCCGCCCAACAAUCGGUUCGGUCGUGCUGUCCGUGCAAAGGGGAAAAUACGUGGAAAAUCCGGAAUUUUCUGUGCAGAUUGUGACUCAUUCCGGGAAUAAUUAGUGCUGUGGACUGUGCCUUGUUAUUUGAUGAACUUUGGUCGGGUUAGGUGGGUGGAUUUCGAACAUUUUUGGUUUGUAUCGCGAUAGGCUGUGGCUCACAACGAAGGGGUUUCGAUAGCACAUCGAUCGGUAGCGCUAGAUCUCCCUGAUCACUGGGAAGGAUUAAUGCGCUCGAAGUAGUGCGACGAGAAGAAGAAGAAAAAUUGAACCGAACAACAAUUAAGUGAGAAAAGCAUAGUCUUGCGAGGGUAGGAUGGAAUCGGUCGCCAAAGGCGAUUGCAAGCUGUCGCCUUCUGCGUCUGCGAAAAAGUUGAAACAGACGAGACUUCCCUUCCAGAUUCUAAGUGGAUCACCGGUGGCCUCACCAGAAGCAGCAAAGACCACUCCCAACCGUAAAAGGAAGCCCUCGAUCGAAGCGGAUAACAACAGAGCUUCUAAGAUUGGCAGAAUUUCAGAAGCGAAGGAAAACGUGAAAGACUCUGCAGAAGUCAUUGUACUGGACGAGGAGAGUACAGAAGCAUCACCAACUGGAAAUGAGUCGGCAGUGGUUGAGGUUCCAGAGGACGAGUUGUCUCAAACGCCUACCAAAACUGUGGGUGAAACCAGCGGUGAUCCGGCUGGCAAGGACACGGAAGACAGGAUUAUGAUAAAGUUUCCGUUAGGGAAGAAGAAGACUCGCAAGAACAGCGCCGGGGAAGAAGGAUCUGCUAAAAAGAAAGCGCCAAAGGAGAAAAAGAAGCAACGUAAGGUAAACAAAAAGAACAAAACAAACGAUCAAGACCCUCAGCAGGCGGAGGAAUCGAUUGUGCUUGAUGAGAGCGAUUUAUCAGAUACAGAAAAGGCUGAGGGAGUUGAACAGGAAAACACCAAGAAAGAGGAUGAAAAGCAAGCAGUUGUGAAGGAGAUAGUUGAAGCUUCCGAUGUCACGAAGGAAUUGAAGAACACCGAGGAAAAGGUUCAAGAACAAGGCAAAAAAGAACAGGCAGGCAAAUCUGAGAACAACAGUAAUGAAUCCGCAGACGAAAAACCUGUUGAUAAAGGAGAGGUUGAAGCACAAGAGGAACGGGAUGAUCAAUCAACGGAAGUUGAAAACAACAAAGAACUCAAAGUAGAACAACCUGCUGAAACAGCGUCAACCGAAGAAGAGACAGGCGUUGAGAAUGCUUCUAAUGAGAAUAAACCUGAUGAGCAAGCAAAGGAAACCAAGAAGGAAGUGGACGGUGAAGCUGUCACGCCUCGUCGAACGCGUCUUCCCAGAACAGCUUCCCAGAAGCCUGCUGAAUCUGAACAGAAGAAAGACGAAGUCACACCUAAACGCAGUCGAUCAGCGAAGAAAACAGUAACGGAUAAGAAUUCGGAAACUAAAACACCGAAAAAUCAGAAACCGACGAAAGAAGCCUCAUCAGCGUCUAAAACCACCCCAAAAGUCCAACCGGCGAACGAAACGACAGACAAGGCGAGCAAACCAACGGCCGGCGCUUUGGACAAGAUGUUUGCCAAGAUUCAAACCGAGAGCAAGAAGAAACCUAGCGAAACGAUCAUCGAAAGUCAGAAGACUCCGGAGAAAAAACCACCCAAAUUGGAAGAUGACGUCAUGGAAGUUGACCAGUCGGAGGAAGAAGCUACCGCUGACAAUGUCCCCACCAACGCCAUCAGUGUAAGCAUUUGUCUGGACGAUUCCAAUGACGAUGGUGCAAACGGAGACGACGAGGAAAACGCUUACAUGCUGUGCACGCCUAACUCGAAAGAUCGAUCCCUGCUGGCGGCGGAUGGUAAGGAGAAGAAACUCACUCCCAAGCAGAUUGCCCGCCGUAAGGAAGCCGAACAGCGACAUGCCGCCAAGCAGCAGGAGUUGGAAGAGAAGAAGAAACGGAAGCAGGAGGAAAAGGAAGCAAAGCAACGCGAGAAAGAAGAACAAGAGCUGAUGAAGAAGAAGGAGCGAGAGGAAAAGGAGGAACAGAAGCGCAAGGAACGGGAAGAGAAAGAAGAGCAAAAGCGCAAGGAAAAAGAAGAGAAGGAAGAACAGAAGCGCAAAGAGAAGGAAGAAAAGGAGGAGCAAAAGCGCAAGGAACGAGAAGAGAAGGAACGCAAGAGACUGGCUGAGGUAGAAGCGAAGAACGAGGAAAAGCGCAAGAAAGAAGAGCAGAAGGAGGAGGAACGAAAGAAGAAGGAAGAGGAAAAAGAAGCCGAAGAAAAGCGUAAGCAAAAGACGGCGCAAGCUUUCCAAAGCUUCUUCGUGAAGAAACCGGCGCAGAGGGAGGUGAAACAAUCGGACGACGAGAACUCCAUGGAUCAGCAGUCGGUAGGUGAUGGAAGCGAGGCGAUUCCCCGGCUGGCAUUCAUGCCAUUCUGUGUCAAGGGCGAUAUGCGGUUGGCUCCCGUGUGCAGGGCUGUCCUAGAGGAGGAUCGCAAAAAGCGAUUGGAAAAGGUGCUAACGGAGGAAGGUUCAGCUAAGGAUGACAGCAGACAGUGUUUGUAUCUGCAGCAACUGAAGAGCAAGGAUUACGUGGUGGGCAAGUGCGAGCGAACGUGGACGGCGCAGGACGACGAGGGAGAUGAAGAUGAUGUGAUGAUUGUGGACGAUAACGUUUGCCAUCAGAUCGAAGUGGAUCCGGCAGCUGCUCCGUCCCGUCGCUACCGGGCAAAGUUCUUCCUAUUUGAGGAGAACCGUCGGCCUCCAUAUCGAGGAACGUGGCGAAAGCGCAGCGCUCAGAUCAAAGCUAGGCGUCCCUUCGUCCAGGAUACCAAAUUCUUUGACUACGAAGUUGACUCCGAUGACGAGUGGGAGGAAGAGGAACCGGGUGAAUCGCUCCACGGCAGUGACGACGAGAAGGAUGUCGAUCCGGAGGAGGACUACGAAGUGGACAACGAUUUCUUCGUGCCGCAUGGACACUUGAGCGACGAAGAGAUGCAAGCCGAGGACGAUGUCAUGGAGGACAACAGUCCAGAAACGCAAAAGGCCAAGCUGAAGAUCCUGCAGCAGGAGUUUGCCGCCGAAAUGAAGAAGAAAACGGAGAAAAUCAAGCCCCGUCUGAUCGGUUGCCUGUGGGAAAAUGGACCCGGCGAAGCCCCAGAAUGUUCGCCGAUUAUUUGGGAAAUUCUCAAAGCUCGAGCCAUGCUGUAUGACCCGGAGGAACCCAUUUCGUUUAUGGUGCAGAAAUCAGAACCCGAAUCGACAAACUCGUCACCCUCGAAGGAAAAAGAAGCAAUCGAGCGGAAGCCCAAGCAGGUCAAACUGGUGGACGAAGGGGUUAAGGAAUUGAUCACGCUCAUCCAUGGCAGUGCCCUGAGCCGUAAGUUCCUGAUCAAGGAAUUCCUGGCGUACUGGGCCAAGCGGAGGGACGAGGGCGAAGCCAAUGUCCCGCAGUACGGUCAGGAUAGUAUAAGGACAAAGAUUCUGGAAGUAGCCAGCUGGAGGCCCUGCCCGGACGAAGGCCAGAUGCAGAACAAAAUGUGCUGGUACGUCAAUAAGGAAGCGCUGAUCAAGUACGGGCUGACCGAUCUGAAGGUCCCCACCGGAUGGGAGUUCAUCCUGAAACCGAUCACCAAAAGCAAAAAGGAGAAAAAGCCGAAAAACGGGGAGGAAGCCAAUGGGGAGGACGAAGGCGAGAAGAAGCCGGAAACGAAAAAGGAGUCUCCCAAGGAUAAGGAGAAAAAUGACAGACUGCAAUCGACGCCGAGUUCGGCAUCGAAAUCGAAACCCCCCGCCGCUCCCGCCGCCAGCAUCACCAAGUUCACGAAGAAACUCUCCGAGGACGACAAGCGAAAACAGUUUGCCAAGGCGCGGAAAUCCAGCGCAGCAUCACCCGGCAGCGUCAGCAAAAAACCUGCCAACACUGCCGCAUCGCCCGUUGUGGCAUCUCCCAGCAGCGCUGAGACGAAACCAGCCACGGCAAAGAAGCGCGUCUCGCUGCUGAUGUCGGUUCCACGGGGGCAGACCAUCAAUCAGACCACCAAGAGCAAUCUAAUCAGUCAGUUUCUGGCCAAGACUGGCAACACUGGCGGCAGCAGCAGCAGUGAGACUAGUGAUAGCAGCACGAAGAAGAAGAAGAGUAAUGCAUCGGAAGCGAUGGAGGUUGAUCCUCCGGUCGCGAAUGGGAACCACGGCGGUCGAGCGACCGAACCCGGCGAGGAGGUCAUUGUGUUAGAUGAUUAAGGCUUAUUUUAACCUGGGUAUCGAACCAGUUUCAAGUGUAUCUGUCGUUGCAAAUAAACUUUUUUUUGUAAUUUAUUAUACGCUAUUUCCAAUCGACAGAGAUGUUCAGCAGUUUGGCAUCCCGCAGAGCAUUUGCUUUUUUUUCUGCUGAAGAAGUUAAUCUAUGAUCAUGAAUGUGGAAAAGUUGUAUUAUUGGGAUCCAAAACUUCUUAGUAUCUAGGGUACAUACACAUACUCUGAAUAUUUUUAAACCUACUAGUCGUAAGCGCACUUAGUUGAUUAGUCACCCAGCUAUAUAUCUAUCGAACCGCAUCCACUGUACUGUUAUUUGAUUCAGUUUAGAAUUGGUGUUUUUAUUUCGUUGGGGUUAACCUAGCUAGGUGAAUACAAUGGUGCAGCUCUAGGUAGAUAGGCGUGGUGCGUUCCAGAAGCGAUUAUCCGACACACCACCAGAAAAUUGCUUUACGAUCGUACGAAAGUACCUACCUACUGUAUGUACAGGAGAACCAAACAAACGAAAGAAUCAAGAGUUGAAUAAACUAUGUGCGAACAUUAUACGUAUCUUUUAAACGGA